AUGCUAAGCCCAUUCCAUGUCCGCUCACCGCUCUUGCUGCAUCCAUGCCCCUCCCCUCCGCCGCCGGCACAACCGCAGCUCCACCUGUGGACGGGAGCAGCAGCAGCCAGGAUGAGCUCCCCGCCGGCGACGACCAUGGAGGAGGCUGAGGCGGAGGCCGCAGCAGCAGGAGCCGCGCCUCUCAUCCGCGGCCUCCCAGACGAGGUCGUCAUCUGGGAGAUCCUCGUCCGCCUCGACCCCAAAUCCCUCCUCCGCUGCCGCGCCGUCCGCCGGGCCUGGCGCCGCGCCACCUCCACCCGCGACCUCCUCCUCGCCCACCACGCCCGCCAGCCCUCCCUCCCCGUCCUCUACGGUUACAGCUGCGUCGGGAACGACGUCUUGUCCAUAUCCAUCACCCCCUUCGACCACCGCUCAGACCUCGCCGCCGGCGGCCAGCUCCAGUCCGUCGCGCGCCUUGGCCCCUCCCUCGUCCGUCCGGAGGCCUCCUGCGACGGCCUCCUCGUCCUCUCCAUCGUCAGCACCUACUUCGCCAUCUGCAACCCCGCAACUCGUCAGUACGCUCCCCUCCGUAUGAUUUCUGGCUUCAGGAUCUUGGGAAUGUACCCUCACCCGCCUACCGGCGAGUACAGACUGCUCCUGCACUCUUUGGAAUCCACGAAAUCCACGGAGCAGGUCCAUGUGCUUUCGCGUACCCGCGCCAGGCAGGCACCUCGGAAUCAAGUUGGCUGCUACGUCCUAUCACUGGGCUCUGGCCAGCCGCCGAGGUACAUUGAGUGUGCAGACUCCAAGGAACUGAAAUUGAGCAACAAUCAUGUGCUAUUUCGUGGUUGCUUGCAUUGCUACCCAGUGCGACAUGGAAGCGGUAGCAUCAUGAUAGUGGUGUUCGACACCACAGCCGAGUCGUUCCGGCUGAUGCGCGCUCCGGUUUUUCCUGGCGGCUGCGGUGACCUGUUUCAGAUGGAUGGCAUGCUCGGCAUGUCCAGCUCUAAUUUUGCAAAGACAAUCAUGGGCAUCUGGGUGCUGCGGGACUAUGAGAGCGAGGACUGGAUCUUAAAGUGCAAGAUUGAAUUGCCGGUUAUGGAGAUCAGGGUGUUGUCGGAUAAUCAUGACCAUGACAAUUUUUGGGAUGUGGUGGUCGUGCCUGGUGAUGGUGAGUUUCUUGUGCUGGUCAAAUUUGCGGGGCUGCUACUUCAGGUUGACAUGGAUGGCAAGCUGGUCACCACUUUCCAUCGCAAAGGCAUCCAUCCUGCUCAAUUACAGCUCAAACAAAGUCUUGUUCCACAUGCCUUCUUUUCAUCACUAGAGGGUUAUGUUGUGAACGAUUGGCCUUUCAUCUGAAGGCUGUUCAGUGA